AUGUUAGAAGCUCGCACAGAAAUUUUUGUUCAUGUUACACAUGUACUUUUAACUUCAGCACCCGUAGCAGCGCCUCAGUCUGCCCAACCACAACAAGCUGAGGAGACUAUGGAUGUAAGCACAGCGCAAGUGGAUAAUCUCGAUGAGCUGAUUAACAACCCAGAGCUUUUGCAACAGAUUAUUGACGACCUGCCAGGUGGUGAAAAGGUAUAACA